AUGACCGGAGAAAAGGGAGACGAUAGCAAGAAACCUGAAGCUGGAGAGACAAUUGAUACCAAUUCACCUUAUUACAUUCAUGCAUCAGACUACCCGAAAAAAAUGCAGGUCAAUGAUGUGUUGAAUGAUAAUAACUACAAUGAAUGGAAGCAGGAGAUGAGGAAUUUUGUGCUUGCCAAAAACAAGAUGAGACUGGUAGACGGUUCUGUUCAGAAACCAGAGGCAUCAUCGCCGAUGCAUACGACAUGGAUAUGGGCAGAUGCAAUGAUCAAGGGUUGGUUGACCACCGCCAUGGAGAAGGAAAUAAGAACAAGUGUCAGGUAUGCAAAUACUUCCUCAAAGAUUUGUGAGGACCUUGAAGAACGGUUCGAGAAAGAAGGGGCACCUCGAGCAUAUGAGUUGAAACAAUCGCUCAACGCUACGAGGCAAGAUGGGAAUUCAGUCUCCAAUUACUACACCUAA